AUGGUCCAUUUCGUUGAAAUGAUGUUUGUCCGCAGACUCCAGGUUCAAGAGCGCCUGACCAAGCAGGUUGCCCUGGCUAUUUCCGAGGCGCUCAAGCCUCGGGGCGUCGCUGUUAUCAUGGAAUGCUCCCACCUUUGCAUGGUUAUCCGUGGCGUCCAGAAGGUCGGCAGCACUACAACUACAAGCUGCAUGCUGGGAUGCAUGCGGUCGAAUGCGAAGGCCAGAGCGGAAUUCUUGGCGCUCCUAAACCGAAGAUAG